AUGGAACCAGACAUGGUAGCAGAGCAGACACUGAAAGGGAAAGUGGCCAUCGUCAGUGGUAGCGCUCGUGGCAUCGGCGCUGCUGUUUGUGUUGAACUGGCGUCGAGAGGUGCUCUGGUGAUAGUUAACUACCCUUGGCCGGAACAAGAGCCAGAUGCGGAGAGAGUUCUCGACCAGAUCGCAAGGACGAAUGGCUCAGCCGCGGCCAAAUGCAGGGCAAUCAAGGCAGAUCUGUCCACCCUUGACGGGCCCCGACACCUCGUUAACGAAACAGUUCGUUUGACCGGCGGUAAGGUUGAUAUUUUGGUCAACAACGCCGGGAUAGCUAUCAUGCGACCACUGAAAGACCUAGCGCUCGAUCAAUGGGACUCACAAGUCAAUUUGAAUGCCAGGGGCAUGGUCCUCCUCACUCAAGCUGUACUGCCUCACCUGACACACGACAGCCGAAUCGUCAAUGUGAGCAGCGUGGGUGCUCGCCAAGGCUAUGUGGGUCGACAAUUUACAACGGCACAAAAUCAAUGGUGGAAUCGUUUACCAGGUGCUGGGCCUUUCAAUGCCAUUGAACCAGGUCCGACAAAUACGCAUGGCUUCAACCACGCUGGUCCCAGCUUCCUUGAGAAGAUCCAACCUAUGCUGGAUGCGACACCGAUGGGAUCUAGAAUGGCCGAGCCCUCCGAAAUUGCAUACGCCAUUGCAUUUCUCUGCGAGAAGAGGAGUGGCUGGAUCACGGGAGCCUGCAUCCCCGUGAAUGGAGGGUUUCUCAUGCCUUAG